UCUUAUCAUUAAAAUUAAUCUGAGAUAGAGUUUACCUCCUACUGGGAUUUUGAUGUUCUUUAUUACAUUUACCGAGAGGAGCUCACAGCUUAAACCGAUCAGUCAGGAGAAGGUUUGAGAAAACAAUUUCAGAGAAAUAUAUUAGGCUAAGUCCGUCAACCCCAAGAUAAACUUUUACAUAUUUUGUCACAUUACAAAACUGAAACCUCUAGGGUGAAAAUUAUUCAACCCCUUCCACUCUGAGUGCAACCGAUUUCCUUCAGAAGUUUGCUAAUGACUAAACAGAGUCCAGCUGUGUGUAAUCUAAUCUCAGUAGAAAUCCAGCUGCUUUUUCUUCAAUAUUCUCUGAACCUCUGAGUUCAGAGAAUAUUGGAGAGCAGACAGCAUUAUGAAGUCCAAGGAACACAGCGGACAGGUCAGGGAGAAAACUGUGGAGAGGAUUAAAGCAGGCCAAGGCUGGAAAAAGAUUUCAACAUCUCACUGUUCAAUCCAUCAUCUGGAGGUAUGAAGCCAGGACUCUAAUGGAAUGGUUUAAAAGAAAACAAAUAUUCAUAAGUUAGAAUGGCCCUGUCAAAGUCCACAGUCUAAAAUCUGUGGCAAAAUCUGAAAAUUGCUGUUCACAAAGGCUCCUCAUGUAAUCUGACUGAGCUUGAGCUGUUUCACAAAGAAGAAUGGGCAAAAAUUUCACUCAUUAGAUGUGCAAAGCUGGUAGAGAGAAACCCUAAAGACCAGCAGCUGGAACUGCAGCAAAAGGUGGUUCUACAGAGUAUUGACUCAGGGGCCCACCAUGGAAGAGGCAGACCUGCUGAAGGAGAGGCUCCAGGCAAUCACAGACAAAAGAAGAAUCCAAGAAGACAUUGCCAAGAAACGAAGACAGAUUGAAGAGGAGAAACUAAAACUCCAGUACAUAAAGAAGAAAUCCCUGCGGGAACAGUGGCUGAUGGAUGGGCUGAGUCAGCAGUCGGAAGAGGAGCAGCAGGCCAUGAGGCUCCAGGCUCAGGAUGAGCAGCAGCAGAGUGAUCAGCUGCAGAGCAACAUCCUCAGAAUAGAAAAAGAGAUCGAGGCGUUGGAACAGAAAGAGCUUAGCAUCUCAUUCAAUGAAGAGAUAGUCCUGAAGCGGUUGAAAGAGGUGGAGAGAACACCUGAAGACAUCAUUAAGAAAGCUACCUCUGUGGAUAAAGAGGCAGAUGAAGAAGUACUGAAAGAGCCUUGCAGCACAACUGAGAAUCACAACUUCAUUUCUGUCACCAUGGAAACAGCCGAACAAUCAAAGCUGGUGAUGGACUGUGAAAUGGAGGGUGCUGUGUCUGAUUCACCUGUGCAUGAAAUGGAUUGCAGCACUAGUGAUGAGCUAUCUGGGUUAACAACAGAUUUAUCAGACUCUCAGGAAGCAAUAGUUAGCUCAUCAUUAACUUAUGUUCCUAGCAGCACAAGUCUGGCUAACAACAGUAACUGCUCUGAAAGCAGCCUUUGCACCUUGAUGCCCUGUCAAGAGGGGAAAGACACAUUAAAAUUAGAGCAAGGGCAUGAGGAGCUCAAUAGGAAUGAGUCAAUCAACUCAUCUGUGUCGGAUACCUUUUCCAGUGCUGACACUGUUUGUGAGAAUGAGGCCCGCCGUAGGAGGCAAGACUCCCAAGAGCAAGAUCCUGAUCAGGGACAUGAGUCAGAGCAGUGUGUCAAAACUAAAAUGGUGCCAGAAUCAGAACAGCAUCCAGAGCCAGAGAAAGAUGGUGGUCUGGUGAACAUGUCAGAGCAAGAAACAGACCAAGAAACUAAUGACGAUUUUGAGAUGCCAGAUCACUCUAAGCACGAACAAGACCUUCAACCUGAACAAGGCACUGAGCUUGAGCAAUACUCCAAACUUGACAAUGACCCCCAGCUGGAUUUGUACAGUGAAUUUGACCCUGAGGGAGGAGAUAUUAUCAAUCUAGAUGAUGAGCCCUAUCAAAAUCUAGCAGAAUAUCCAGAUGAAGGCCCAGAGCCAGAUGAAAUCCUAUUUGAACCACCUUUUCAUGAAGAGUCUCCGUUAGAGCAGUGUAUAAGAGAAGAGGCGAUGUCAGAUGUGUCAAAUGAGUCCUACCAUAACCCAGAAGAGAUAGAUGAAUGUUUGAGAGUUGAGAUUGCAGCAGCUUCUUCUGACAGUGAUACAGAUGAAAAAUGGAGAGCAAUUUUCUCUUCUUCCAUAAAUAAAGAAGAUGAUGACUCAUAUUUGGAUAGUCUUCAGCUGAGUGCCCAGGAGCUCUUUGUCCAGAAAGUUGAGGAGACAGAAUAUAAUGAUCAGGAGAGCAGCAACUUUGAAGAGUUUAGCUUUGAGGUCCCAAAAGUACUAGACGUUUUGGAACAACCUGAGGUAGUGCCUUCCUCUCCGAUGCCCUCUCAAGAGGUUAAGUACAAUCCUUUCAGCCUUCAAGGUUUGUCAAAAAUAUCUGAAGAUGAAAGUGAAAGCUACAGAGAUGCUAAUCAUGACUACGCUAAACUCCAGGAGAACACCAAUGUGGACACAAUCAAGAAGCUACCCAAAGACUUCUGUGUAAUUCAGGAGACAAAGAGUGAAAAUGUCAGUACAGAACAUGUAGACUUCCAGCUAGCUCGCAAACAAUGGAGAGAAAUGGAGGCGCAAAUGAAAAAUAAGACUGUCUCACCUGCAACAAAGCAGUCACACCUCCAAAGCAGCCAUAGCUUCAUGUAUACACCAGUCCGCAAUAUUGAAAGAACUCCCAAGAAAGCGCGGGAUCUGGAGAGUUUAAACCUGGUCACAGAUUAUUCUCACACCCAAUUUAGCCCUUGCUCAGAAGACUCUGGCCUGGAUGAUUCCAGUUACAGGUCCCCCUAUGAUGAUGCUGAAACACCGAUUGAAAGGGAGAUUCGUAUUUCAAUAGAGAGGGAGGAAAACUUGAAAAGAGAGAGGGGACUGGCCAGGAUGGGAAAAUCAACAGAUUGUGCUCCAUCACGAAGUAUCCCUCGAUCCACAAGUACUCCUCUUACUCCAUCAUUUAUUAUAACCUCCUCACCAACAAAAGAACCGGUAAAGCAUGAAGUGUCUGCCAACAAUGUUAUAAUUGUAGACCCAAGAAAUGAUUUCACAUCCAGCUCCAAAAGUGGCAAUGACAACACAACUUCUGGGCCUGUAGAAUGGUGCUCUGAGGAAAGCAGUUCCAAUCUAAUCAUCCUUGAAACGUCUAAUUUGAUCAUUCGAAGUGCCUCUGAGUUCUCCCUCAAUAAAACCUGUGAAGAGCCCCAAGAAAAAAUGUUCCUCAACAACCCCUUCUUCAAACUGCGGUCAAGAAGCACAAUCUCCCUGGUAGAUGAAGAGAUAAGGAUGGUUAAGCAGAGGGAGGAGGAACUCAGAAAGGAGAGGGCAACCUUGUAUGGUAAAGACAUGUUCAGCACAGAAACUGGCCUGUCAAAUCGCAUGGACACCUUGACAUUUGAUACCUCAGGUAUUGUACCAGUUAAGUGCAAGUCCUCCCCAUCAUCACCAAUGAAAACAACCCACAGGAUGGAUCGCUCUGCCUUAUCUUGUGAUCACAGGCAGUUUCCUGAGGCCUACACCGGAGGAAGACGGAAGAGUGCCAUGGCUCUGCGCUGGGAGGCAGGCGAGUUUACAAAAAACAACUGAAGUGGAACAAGUUGCCAUUUUGCCAUUGGAGGUGCAACGGUUGAUGUUUUUAAUCAAGUUAGAUGCAUUUAUUAUCGUUAUUUGUUUCAUGUUGUGACAUAACCUUGUGACACUUUGGAAAAACAGUGAGAAUGUCAGGAGAAGUCCCUUUUUAAUUUCAGCACCAGUUUUUGCAGUAUAUUAAAUGAGUUAGAAAAACAAUGUUUUGGUUAAAGCUUAUACAUUAUUUUCAUUUAAAAUGACAGUUCGAGCAUUUUCCAAUAACUUCUGAAUCAACAGAGGUGGUAAGAGGACUAAAAUCAUUUAUUAAAUUACUUGAGCACCAAAAUCUAAUUAUUUCCAACUAAUAUUCAGUUUACAAAAUAAAGGGGUAACAAACAAAUUCUAAACAUUUUGGAGAGUAUAAUUUCUUCAACAAGUACAGGCCACAAUAAAUUAUGUCAUUUUGUGAUGGUAAAGCACCCACUAGAUUACUUCUCUUUAGUCAGGAGGGCAACAUUUUGAUUUGAUAAAAAAAUAUUUUUUCAAAAUCAAAUGAGAAGAAAGAAAAACAAUGGAGAGUUUUUUUCUGACUAUAUUUACUAUUUAUCCCAUGUUCUGUCAUCACUGUCAGAUGGUUAGAAAAAUAACCCCACGGUCACCUACAUUCCUGAGAACCUUCUUUUCAUCCUCUAUGACAGUUAAGAGCAGAAGAUUCAAAAGCUCCAAGAAGUUUCCUAUGUUAAUUAUAUUUAUGAACUAUAAACUGAUUAGAUUAUUGUAAUAACCUGCUGCAUUUGAACAGAAAAAAAAUAUUUUAAAUUAUUUAAUCAAUAUACAAUUUUUACUUUCAGAUCAAAGCCAGUUAGCAGCUGAGAUGAAGCAUGUUUCCACUUUACAAGUUGCUUUUUACCAGUGUGUUUUUGCCACCACUGUUACCCGGCUGACAUGUUACUUAACAGUGGUGAUUUGCCUUGCACAAUUUAUUUUAACUAAGCAUGAAACUAAUAAUAAUAAUAAUGAUAAUAAUAAUAAUAAUAAUAAUAAUAAUAAUAAUAAUAAUAAUAAUAAUAAUAAUAAUAAUAAU